AUAUAUAAUGAGUGCUAUAUAUAACCAAUGCUCAUUUCAAAUUUGACAGAAAAAGUCCAAGAUCUCUGCAUCUCGCAAGCUGAUGCUAAAGAGUCUUAUGGUAGCUAAAGCAAAGGAUGACUUAGAGCAAGAGCUGGUAGAUAAAGAGGCAGAGAAGGAGAGAUAUCUGUCUGAGAAAGCUCCUCCGCUACACACUAGAGAAAUGUCUUUCGCUGAGCUUCAGGAGCUGUGCCGCGAACUACACGCUAAAGUUGAUGUGGUGGACGAGGAGCGCUAUGACAUUGAGGCUAAAGUGCUUCACAACACAAGAGAAAUCAAAGAUCUGAACAUCAAAGUCCUGGACCUGAGGGGCAAAUUUAAGCGACCUCCCCUGAGAAGAGUCCGAGUCUCAGCUGACGCCAUCCUGCGCUCUCUGCUGGGCUCCAAACACAAGGUGUCCAUGGAUCUGAGAGCAAACCUCAAGUCCGUCAAGAAGGAAGACACAGAGAAGGAAAAGACAGUGGAAGUCAGUGACUGGAGGAAAAAUGUGGAGGCCAUGUCUGGAAUGGAAGGAAGGAAGAAAAUGUUUGAUGCAGCACAGUAAACAGAUCACAAUCAACAUCUGCAAACAUGCAAGUAUAGUACAAGAGA